UUCAGUCCGCUCGUAGAAACACACCCAGCAACUUUUGCCGUAUUACUUCAUUGCAAGGGAGAGCUUGAGUCGAUUAGGUACUUUUACACAUACUCUCUCUCUCUCUCUCUCUCUCUCGUGAGAUCAUAACCUCCAAAUGUUACCACACCUGUCUAAUUUGCCCUAACAUGAUGUGGAUUUACGCACUAAUCAAGAGCGUUAUACUUGCUGGAUUUGUACUACAGAUCCAUGGCAGAGUCAAAGUGUCAUUCGAACUUGUAGACUUCGAAAACACCGGUCACAUAGAACUUGACGGGGGAUGUUGCGACGCCACCAUUUUCGGAUGUGGUAGUAGUUGCGACAACAGAUUCAAUCUCUGCUUCGAUGUCUACAGAGGGAAUAACGAUAUGACCGAUUGUGCUUAUGGCAACUUUCGAACGGACCGCCUCUUUGAAAACAACGAUGAUUUUGACUUCCCGAAAUCUCUAGCCAGCAAUCUAGUCAACCCAAUUGUAUUGACAAUCAGUUCAUGGUCGUCUGGAUUCAGGUCCAAGAUUGAAGUUUGGGAUUAUGAUCCAUCUAAUGCAGACGACAAGAUAGAUUAUUACGGCUACAAUUACCCAUAUAGUCCCGAUCGAACAUCAGCUUUGGCAACAGAACACACCGUGACACAGAAUGGAGCAGGAACAUCUCUAACGAGGGUUGCCGUGAAGGUUUACUGCGAUGUGCAUUACUACGGAACGUCUUCAGGCUGCAGCACAUAUUGUUUAGCGAGAGACAAUAGUGAAGGCCACUAUGAUUGUAAUGAUAUUACAGGAGCUAGGGUUUGUCACUCAGGAUGGAAAGGAUCUUACUGCAGUAUAGAGAUCAACGAAUGUGAUUCAGAUCCUUGUCAGUUCAACGCAGCCUGUACAGAUCUCUUGGCUGAUUAUAGCUGUAACUGCCCAGCUGGUACACAAGGUAAGAACUGCAACGACAAAGACGAGUGUUCUUCAGACCCCUGUGAACACGGAGGCACGUGCGAGAAUAAACUCAACCAGUACCAAUGUAAUUGUCCAAGAGAGUAUAGCGGUGCCAACUGUGAAUUCGAGAUCGAUUUCUGUGACUCUGACCCCUGUCAAAAUGGUGCAACAUGCCUGGGUGAAAAUGACAAUCACGUCCUGGAGUGUAUCUGUGAUCCAGGUUACUCCGGUGUUUUCUGUGAUGUAGAUAUCGAUGAAUGUAUCGGAGUGGACUGUCUGAAUAAUGGCACCUGUCAAGAUGGCGUUAAUGAAUUUACCUGUAAUUGCACAGAGGGGUAUGGAGGAACAUACUGUGAGUUAGAUAUUCGAGAUGAGUGUGCAUCCAAACCAUGUCAGAACAACGCGUCAUGCGUAGAUAUGGUUGGUGGAUAUGUUUGUGUAUGUCGAGCUGGCUUUCAAAGUGAGAACUGUGAGGAGGAUGUCAAUGAGUGCGAUCCCGACCCUUGUUCUUAUGGUAACUGCACAGAUCAAGUCGGACGAUACACCUGCGACUGUUGGCCUGGCUACUCUGGAGAGAACUGUACAGUGAACAUAGACGAAUGUGUGGAUAACACGUGCGAGAAUAAUUCAACUUGUCAAGACGGUGUGAAUAACUACACCUGUAGUUGCAUGUCAGGGUAUACCGGUGUCUACUGUGACACUGAGAUUGAUGAGUGCUCAAGCUCUCCAUGUCAGAAUGGCGGAAGGUGCGAGGACAGUCUUGACAGUUUCACGUGCCAAUGUGCGUCGACCGGAUACCAAAGUCUACUAUGUGAAAUCGACAUUGAUGAAUGCCAGGAUGAACAAGCGUGUCCAUCCAACAAGAUCUGUGCCAAUGUAAAUGGGAGUUACGAUUGCAACACCAAACCUCCGGAACCGACUCCCAUUCCAGGACUGUGUCGUACCAGUGUGUGCUAUAAUGAAGGAACGUGUCUGCUCAUCAAUGGUAGCUACCAGUGUGUAUGUACAGAUGACUUUUCAGGCGAGCUUUGUGAGACUCCCACAGAGCUAUGUUUUUCUAGCCCAUGCCAGAACGAUGGAAGAUGCCAGGUCUUAACUGAGGUGAAUGGUUCCGUCUAUUACAAUUGCCAAUGCCAAGAAAAUUAUGCAGGAAUCAACUGUGAACUAUUUUUAGCGGCUCGGACGGGAGAUCAGGGAGGAGGCUUCGCUUACUGGUACUUUGUGCUGAUCGGAAUAAUUAUCAUCAUAGUUAUCUUGUCAGCAGGCAUGUGUUUCUACAAAGUUCGUAGGGAUAGGAGAGAGAAAUUUGAGGAUUAUGAACCGACAGUGUUCGCCAAUCCACACACGGAUAGUAUCAGCAUACCGACGACACUCGGUGCUACAGCAGGCCCACCCCUUCCACCAAAGGGUAAGUUAGACGAUCCCAACAUGUCCAUGACCUUCACAAACAACAUUUACUCUGACAUCGAUGGAACUGAGGUUCGUGGUGCCUGUGCGAUAUCCCCUAAUCCUAAAGACACGAAGGAUGACUUCGAGAAGGAGAACCCUUACGCUACAGGAGGCUAUCUUCAUAAUAAUGGUCAAGUAGCGCAACACGAGAACCCCUAUGAAUUCGCGAGAGAUCCUGAUGUAACGGAUGCCCGUCCUGUAAAGGAAAACGACUACUCUUCGGACCCAACGAGUGUUAAAAGUGCUCGGAAUCCAUUAAAUUUAGAUAGCUCUUACUCAACUGCAAUCUUUCCGGACAAGGAGCCGCCUCGCCCAAUAUCGACCAGCAUCCCACCACCACUUCCACAUCGAGAUAACUCAACGAGGGCUGUCCCAUCCGAGUACGAUGUACCAGUCCCUCAAGGGGAUGAUUCGACGAGGAAGGUCCCGUCUGAAUAUGAUGUACCUCGUACGACGUCCUCAACGGUUAGUCCUAGUCCAACUGGUGCUGAGCCACCAUAUUCCUUUAACAUAUAUACUCAGGAUGAAGACGUGUCGACUCCUAACGAAGCAUCAUCACCAACCAAUUCCAAGAAUCCUUUCUCUCAGUCUGCUGUAGCAACAUCUAACGGAGGAGAGGAACAACAUCCUAUACCCACCAGCGGACCACCCACACCAUCUAGUCCUAAUAAUCCAUACUCGACUUCUAUUUUUAAUGAAGGAAGCUCUCAAUCCAAUGCAUGAGAUAAUUUUUUCAAUUAUGACCAUAAGAAGGAAUGUCAUGCGUGAUUUUUAUCCUGUCGGUGACACAAAAUACUUAAGAAUUAUAACCGAAAAGCUAAAUGAUUUUUUAUUUAAUUUCAAAUUCGUCGCUGGCGAUGGACCAAAAGAAUUAAUGGUAAUAAAUUUGACCUUAGAUAUGUGGUAAUGUGGAGGAUAGAUAUUGCAAUUAUAAAACUUGGGUUGAGUGAAAGACGUUAAAUUUGAAGGCAUAUGCAUAUACAGUAGUUCUUAACCAAGGUAAUUGCACACGUUUUCCUGUCGACUGUCAAUGAUGCAUUUUGUAAAUAUGACAUGCAUUUUGAUGGAAAUAGUUCUUAGAGCGCUUACAAUCACCUGAUUCUGUGAUAUAAAAACUUUUAUGCUUGCUUGUAUUAGAGAAUUAUGUUUACGAAUUGGAUUUUGGUUCAGAAUCUGAUCUUGGGAGUCUAGGGGAGGCCAAAAUAUAUUUGUAUAGAUAUCAAUAUUGUAAUGGUAAACUAUGUACAGUACUAUAUAUAUAUAUAUAUAUAUAUUUUUUAAUCGUAAACAAUAUUUUUUUAAUGCAAUUUUUUAGGUGGAGUCCAGUUUGACACGCCCUUUUUUCAUAAGGGGUCAGAAUAAAAAUGUACAUGAAUUACAAAUUCAAACUCAGUCUGUAGAUUGAUAACAAAUUACCAGCGUCAUGCAAUCAGGCCUAAAAAAAAAUGUUGUAUUGCCCGUUAGGUGCCAAAACAUGGGUCGGUCGGUCAAAAAAAAAAAUUUUGUUUAAAUACUUUUUUUUCUUUCUUUUUCUCUCCCUUUUCGGGCUGAUAUUUCUCAGUUUUGAUUGCGGUCUCUAAAAGACGGUCGCAAAGGGCAAUAAAACUUUUUUUUUUAAGGCCUCAUCCUUAUCAUAGUCCCUGUACAUGGUGAUCGUAACGUUUUUGUCAUUCCAACAUGCAACUGUAACAAUUAAAUAACUGGAAUCAUUCUAUGUAUUAUAAUGCCACUAUUUAAAGGCAUCAAAGAACAUACUUUAAUACAGCUUGCUUACAUAACAUGGCUAUUAAUCCUCGAUUAUGAAAAUGUCUUUUUUUUUUUCUUGCUUGCAUGGUUUGCAGAAUAUUUCUCAUUAUAUACAAAUGUUACUUUCAUUUUUCUUUGUCUCAAAUCGAAACAUUCUUCAUUUACAGGUACCCUGUAAUUUUAAGUUCUGGUAAUGAUGAAGUUAAAACGUUAAAGAAUUAAUUAUCUUGGGUUCUAUUUUUCGUAAUGUUAGAAAUUUCGAUAUAAAUGCUCUUAGCCGAUGUUAUAGAAUAUGAAUUCAGCAUGCGUAUUAAAAAGAAGAUUAAGUCUUUUAUGUGGUAUAUAUCGCAAUAUGAAUACUAUUACCUUAGUUGCACUAUUUUGGCCCUUAGGGCCUUUGUGAGAAAGAUAGAUGAACUUUAAGCAAUCACGAAAAAUGAUGUCAUCAAUCUUUAACUAAUAAAACAUAGUUUAAAACAGAAGGAAGGUUAGUAUCAUCUCCUUUGGCAAUACAGUUUGUAUUGUAACAGCAAACGCCAAACAAACUUUAUUUCGAGGGAUGUCUUUGAUUAUAUAUACGAGAACACAAUUUUUUAAUACUUUGUAUAGUAUAUUUCCUUAGUAAAUAUUGCAGACACAGUUGGAAAAUACAGUAAUCUUUGUUCACGAACUGAACGAUAUAAGUUCAUAAAUAAAAGUUUUAGAUUUUUAACAACAGCAAUGAAGACCGAUUGUUGAAUUUUUGACUUGUUAUUAAAACAACUAAAAUGUGUUUGGGGAAUGCAAACGUUUUGAGAAAUUCAGAUUUUAUAGAAUGUAUAUCUAAUAAAUAUUGUAUAGAAAUUAUUGUCCAGCA